AUGGCCACCCCAGAGGAGCAAGCAACGGCGUUGAAGAACCAGGGCAACAAGGCCUUCGCCGAACACGACUGGCCCACUGCCAUCAGCUUCUACACCAAGGCGAUCGACCUGAACGACAAGGAGCCCACAUACUUUACCAACCGAGCGCAGGCUCACAUCAAGGCCGAGUCCUACGGCUAUGCCAUCGCCGACUGCGACAAGGCCCUCGCCUUGAACCCCAAGCUCGUCAAGGCAUACUUCCGACGAGGCCUGGCCCACACCGCCAUCAUUCGGCCCAAGGAGGCUCUCAAGGACUUUAGGGAAUGCAUCAGGAUCGACCCCAAUAACAAGGAUGCCAAGUUGAAGCUUGACGAGUGCAAGAAGAUUGUGCGAAAGCUUGACUUCUUUGCCGCCAUCGAGGUCGGCGACGAGCCCUCGGCUGCUGAGGGUCUGGAUGUCGAUUCCAUGGUGGUCGAUGCCGACUACGACGGUGUCAAGCUCGGCAACGAGAUGACUCAAGAGUUCAUUGAUGACAUGACGGAAAGGUUCAAGACUGGAAAGCUGAUCCACAAGAAGUACGUCUACCAGAUUCUUCUGGCCGUCAAGCAGCUUGUGUACGACGAGGCGACCAUGGUGGAAAUGACGAUUCCUGAUGAUGUGAAACUCACUGUUUGCGGUGACACGCACGGCCAGUACUUCGAUCUGAUGGAGCUGUUCCGCCUGAACGGCAAGCCGGAUGACAAGCACUACUACCUCUUCAACGGCGACUUCGUCGACCGAGGAUCAUGGUCCACUGAGAUCGCGCUGCUACUGUAUGCCAACAAGUGGCUGCGUCCCAAGGCCUUCUUCCUGAACCGCGGUAACCACGAGACCGACGACAUGAACCGCGUGUACGGUUUCGAGGGCGAGUGCAAGGCAAAGUACAACGAAAGGAUAUUCAAGCUCUUCUCUGAGAGCUUCUCUGCCCUGCCGCUGGCGACCCUCAUCGGCUCCAAGUACCUCGUUCUGCACGGCGGUCUGUUCUCCGACGACAAGGUCACCCUCGAUGACAUCCGUGCUCUCGACAGGCACAAGCAGCGCCAGCCUGGCCAGUCUGGUCUCAUGAUGGAGAUGCUCUGGACCGAUCCCCAGGAGGAGCCUGGUCGUGGUCCCAGCAAGCGCGGUGUCGGCAUGCAGUUCGGCCCUGACAUCACCAAGAAGUUCUGCGAGAACAACGGUCUCGAGGCUGUCAUUCGCAGUCACGAAGUCCGCAUGGAUGGUUACGAGGUGCAGCAUGAUGGACGGUGCAUCACAGUCUUUUCUGCGCCCAAGUAUUGCGACUCGACCGAGAACCGGGGUGCUUACAUCAACAUCGGACCCGAUUACAAGCUGCAGUUUGAGCAAUUUGAUGCAGUCGCUCACCCGGACAUCAAGCCGAUGGCGUACGCCCAAAGCUCUCUUAUGUCGUCUCUGAUGUGA